AUGAAGAAAUUAGCAAAGUUAGAAAGUAUGAGGAGUAAAUUAGAGACCUUGAAUAAGCAUUCAAUCAGAAAUUGUAAGAAUAAAAUAAUACAUCAUUUCAUACUAAAAUUCGUAAGAAAUAUAAGAAGUUUAUGAAGUUUAUGAAGAAUCAAACAUGAGAUCAAAUUAUUGAAUAAUUACAAUUGUAACUUAAAGACAUGUAAUCAUAAAAUUAAUAAAUCGCAGAGGAUUAUUAAAAUAAUUUUAGAAAUACACUAAAUCAAUUUUCAUCUAAUAAAAAACUAUCGAAAAUUUAAGAUAAUGAAAAAGAUUAAGUUAUUUAAGAAUUGAAUUCGUAAUUGAAAGAAAAAAAUGAGGAAAAUCAUUAAUUGAAAGAUUUUUUAUCAAUUUCAUAUUAUUUUAGAUUUAAUUGA